AGGAAAUGUAUACCAGCUGGGCUUGGAAACUAUGGAGCACACUUGGAGUUGCAUUACGAAUAUUGUUCAUUGACAUUCCUAUGGAUAUACAUCGAUUUUUGAAUCUCCGGCAAAAAAGUGUACAAGGGCAGACCGUCAUAAUUACAGGAGGAGGAUCUGGUCUGGGUCGAGCGAUGGCCUUGGAUUUUGCCAAGAGAAAAGCAAAAGUUGCUAUAAUUGACGUGAACAAGGAAGGAGGGCUGGAGACGGUGAAAACCAUUGCGGCAGAGGGGAAUAUGGCCAAGUUUUGGUAUUGCGAUAUAAGUGAUGUGGACAAUAUGAAAAAGACGGCAAAAGAAAUUGAAGACACAUUUGGUGACGUUAAUAUUGUGAUCUGUAAUGCUGCAAUCUUAUCCUUCACAUCAUUCAUGGAGAUUUCGGAUGAGCUGCUCAGAAAGUGUCUUGACGUUAACAUUUUUGGUACAAUUAAUACAAUUCGAGCUUUCCUCCCAAAAAUGGAAACCAAGAACGACGGACACAUUGUUUGCGUUUGCUCAAUUGCUGGGUGGUCUGGUGAAACGAUGGGACUUUCUUACUGCACUAGCAAAUUUGCGGUUCGCGGAGCUAUGGAAUCCUUACAAAUGGAGCUCAGAGAUCGCGGAUUAGAGGGUAUCAAAACAACUACGCUCUACCCAUAUUUUGCAAGAACCCCAAUGAUUUUGGAAAAUAAUAUGAGACCUACAUGUACAUGGUUCCCGUUCAUGAGCAUUCGGUCUUGCUCGAAAAGAAUGGUAGAUUCUAUUUUGAAAGAAAAAGUGCACGCUUUUGUUCCCUCGUACAUCACACUCAUCCCUUUUGUGAAAAAUUUCUGCUCUCUUCAAGUGUGCCGGUCGCUUCGUAAUUAUUUGGGUGUUAAGUAUUCCGCUUCAGAUCCAUCAUUUUGCAAACUGACACUUAUUGAAAUGUCGGACUAUUACAAAACUCCACAACUCUUCUGGUGGCUCCUCAUUGUUCCAGCUCUGGCUAUCAACUACAUUUCUUACGCCCAUCCAGCAGCAGCACUUAAUAUUCCAUUAAUUGGAUCUCUCGUCCAUAAGAUUGGAACUGAGUAUCCAUUUGUUGCUCUUUUAACCAACCUUUUCGCCCUUGUAGCACACGCCGGUGAAGCUCUUUACGCUCUUUAUCUCUGCCAUAAAGCCAAUAUCAGUUUUGCUUCUACCGCAAAAUGGGUUGUCCAAACGUUUAUUCUUGGUUUCCCGUCACUCUCUAUUCUCAGUCGAUACGAAGCCAAGCAGAGGAAGAAUAAUUGACUAGUAGUUGAAAAUGUGUCUGAUAGUUCCUAAAAUGUAUUAAUUUUGUUUUUUUUUGCCAAUGCAAUGAACGACCAUUUAUUAUCAAAUAAAAUGAAGAAACUC